AUGUUGCCUCGAGCAGUGAAACGCAACUUCUCGGCGGCAAGCCUGGACUAUCUCGGCGCUCGGUAUGUCAGCGCAGGCCCGGAACUAUGCAGCUACACCACGCAGCCUGUCCAGAUCCCCAUGCGUGAUGGAAUCAAACUCGCGGCGGACUUUUAUGCCCCAGAGCUACCAGCCGGGAAAGAUCCGGCCGGACUGAUUUUAAUUCAGUGCUGUUACGGCCGCGGCUCGGGCAUAUCGUUCAUCAAUGCUCGUAUCUAUGCUGCUCGAGGGUUUCAGGCGCUCUUCGUGAGCACGCGCGGCACGCAUGGCUCGGAAGGCGUUUUUGACCCGGGCAGCAGUGAACGACUCGAUAGCCAAGAUAUUGUGGUCUGGAUUCGACAGCAAUCGUGGUAUCGGGGCUCGUUUGCAACUCUGGGCGCCUCUUACUUGGGAUAUAGCCAGUGGGCGCUCUUCCGGGACCCUCCAGAAGAUUGCGUGGCGGCUGUGAUCCCGGUGGCGCCGCAUGACCAGGCGUUGCAUGCAUGGGGAACAGGGUCCUUUCGUCUGGAUCGUGCAACGUGGAGUGAUACAAUGUCCAAGAGGGAGGAUGAAAAGGGCAGUUUCAUCUCCCGACUGGCAAACGUCCCCGGCCUGAGUUUCCUACGGUCGCCCGAGCUUGAACAGGUAGUCGCAAGUCUACCAUUGGAGGCUUCGCUGCAGAAAUACUUUGGAGAUCGAGCGCCUUGGCUCUUUGAGUAUCUGGCCCACCCGAGGAUUGAGGAUGAAUACUGGAAUGCGCGUCGACAUCUAGAAUCUCUUGACCGUGUCAAGAUGCCCAUUCUUCUCAUCAGUGGAUGGUAUGAUACGUUCACGAAACAAACACUACAUCAAUUCAGGCACCUGAGGAAAAGAGGCGUGAACGUAAAUUUGAUAGUUGGUCCCUGGACGCAUGUCCAGGGUUCUGGUCUGUACUCGAUGCCCGAAAUCCUAAACUUCCUUGCCGAGCACGUGGCAAAGAACGGGAGAUACCAGCAUCCUCCCGCACGAAUCUGGGUCACCGGCGCGGACGAAUGGCGAUCAAUGUCAGAUUGGCCUCCACCAGCGCAACUGAGGCCUUUCUAUCUUCAAGACCAGAGAGGCCUUGGGUCGGUGGUGCCAGUCCAAGAAGCAAAGCCAGCUUCUUUUGUCUUCGAUCCUCUGAAUCCAACCCCGAGUCUCGGCGGCAAUCAAAUGUCUUCCGGCGGACGGGUAGACGACAGUGCUUUGGCGGGCCGAUCAGAUGUGCUGGCCUUUACGAGCGAGCCAUUAUCCGAAGACCUUGAGGUUCUGGGCGCCCCGACCGUGUAUCUGAUGCAUAGUACCGAUCCGCCUUUUGCAGAUUUGUUCUUGCGACUGUGUGAGGUUGACAUCCACGGCGUGUCGCAUAAUGUGACAGAGCUAUAUCAAGCUCUCGAACCCUCCCGUGACACAUCUCAACUUCUGAUUUUGAAGUUGCAAGACUGUGCCCAUCGAUUCCAAGCGGGGACCAGAGUAAGACUGUUAGUCGCUGGAGGCUCUUUCCCCAUGUACGCGAGAAAUCUCGGAACGUCGGAUGAUCGUGUGCGAGGUCAGAAAACGGCUACUCAAGAGCACACCAUUACGAUUGCCGGCGGUGUGUCGCAGCUUGUCUUGCCCGAAUAUCAAGUUGCUUGA